CGUGACCUCCUCCCAGCCGCCGCUUCCCGCGACCCAGAUCCGUACCCGGAACCCGCGCUCGGCGGGGCGGGCCGUGGGACACGUAGCGACGGCCCCAGUCCCUGCUGCGCCCCGGUGCGCGUGCAUUCGGCGUAGUUCUCCCCUUGGUUCACGCGCCACUGGCAAUAAAGAAUGUUUCGGGGAUCACCCGGGAGAAUGCAGGAAGGAAAGACAUUUGGUUUGCCGUCUAUCUACCUGUAUAUAGAGAGAUUAAUAUCUAUUCUCUCCAUCCCCGCCCUGGCAGACCCGAGCGGCGGCAGCGGGACCGGAGACCCGGGAGUCCCGUAGGACGCGCUUUCCCCGCGGCCUCCAAGGCCCCUUGCCGUCCGCUGUUCCAAGCGGCAGGGGCAGUGCGCAACUGCGGGCAUCUCCCGGUAACUCUCACUAGCACACAGUCGGUGGAAAAGCAAAAAGCCACGUUCACGUUCCCGAACCGCAAUGACGGACGGAUUGAGGGAGUCGCACUUCCGAGCCGAGGAAGCCCUGGCUGCCCUGCACCCCCCAGCGCCCCCCUCCCCACACACACUCCCCCAGCUGACAGCAUCGCCCUCGGGAAGAUGAAUAGCUUGGCUGAAGUUGUUUUUCCUUUCCGGUGGCCCUGAUCAGGUGUCCCCGCCCCCUCCCGCCGUUUGCCCUCCCUCGCAGCUUUCUCCAGACGCCCCCUCCCGGCCCGGCCCCUCCUCCCCCGCCCCCCUCCGGGCUGGACCGCGGAUGGUACGUUCCGCACGUGAGCUGGGUGCUGGUCUGGCCGGCGACGCGCGUGCCCUGUGGCCAAACACUGCCCGGAGUGAGAGCAAACUACCAGCGCAGUGGGGCCGGCGCGAGUGUGCGUGCGUGUGUGUGCGUGUGUGUGCGAGAGAGCGAGCACGGUGGGAGGAGGGGACCAACCGCUUCACACUUUCAACACUGCACUGAAGAGGGAGAGAGAGAGAGAGAGACUGGAGACGUACAGAUCCCCCCAAGAUCUCCCAAAGCUACCGUCCCACAGAUUAUAGGACAGAACCCCAAAAAUCGAAACAGAGGAAACGGACAGCGGUGGAACAUGGACGAAGGAAUUCCUCAUUUGCAAGAGAGACAGUUACUGGAACAUAGAGAUUUUAUAGGACUGGAUUAUCCCUCUUUGUAUAUGUGUAAACCCAAAAGGAGCAUGAAGCGAGACGAUAGCAAGGAUACCUACAAAUUACCGCACAGAUUAAUAGAAAAGAAAAGAAGAGACCGAAUUAAUGAAUGCAUCGCUCAGCUGAAAGACUUACUGCCUGAACAUCUAAAGUUGACAACUCUGGGGCACCUGGAGAAAGCGGUGGUCUUGGAAUUAACUUUGAAACACUUAAAAGCUUUAACAGCCUUAACAGAGCAGCAGCAUCAGAAGAUAAUUGCUUUACAGAAUGGGGAGCGAUCUCUGAAAUCGCCCAUUCAGUCCGACUUGGAUGCGUUCCAUUCGGGAUUUCAAACAUGCGCCAAAGAAGUCUUGCAAUACCUCGCCCGGUUUGAGAGCUGGACGCCCAGGGAGCCGCGGUGUGUCCAGCUGAUCAACCACUUGCACGCCGUGGCCACUCAGUUCUUGCCCACCCCCCAGCUGUUGACUCAACAGGUUCCUCUGAGCAAAGGCACCGGCGUGCCCUCGGCCGCCGCCCCCGCCGGGUCUGGGGCCGCCCCCUGCCUGGAGCGCGCCGGGCAGAAGCUGGAGCCCCUCGCCCACUGCGUGCCGGUCAUCCAGCGGACUCAGCCCAGCGCCGAGCUCGCCGCCGAGAACGACACGGACACCGACAGCGGCUACGGCGGCGAGGCCGAGGCCCGGCCGGACCGCGAGAAGGGCAAAGGCGCGGGGGCGAGCCGCGUCACCAUCAAGCAGGAGCCUCCCGGGGAGGACUCGCCGGCGCCCAAGAGGAUGAAGCUGGAUUCCCGCAGCGGCGGCGGCCUGGGGGGCGGCGCGGCGGCGGCGGCGGCCGCGCUCCUGGGGCCCGACCCGGCCGCCCCGGCCGCGCUGCUGAGACCCGACGCUGCCCUGCUCAGCUCGCUGGUGGCGUUCGGCGGAGGCGGGGGCGCGCCCUUCGCGCAGCCUGCGGCCGCCGCGGCCCCCUUCUGCCUGCCCUUCUACUUCCUCUCGCCUUCGGCGGCCGCCGCCUACGUGCAGCCCUUCCUGGACAAGAGCGGCCUGGAGAAGUACCUGUACCCGGCGGCGGCCGCCGCCCCGUUCCCACUGCUGUACCCCGGCAUCCCCGCCCCGGCCGCCGCCGCCGCCGCCGCCGCUGCCGCCGCCGCCGCCGCCGCCUUCCCCUGCCUGUCCUCCGUGUUGUCGCCCCCUCCCGAGAAGGCGGCAGCCGCCGCCGCCGCCGCCGCGACCCUCCUGCCGCACGAGGUGGCGCCCCCUGGGGCGCUGCACCCCCCACCCCCGCACGGCCGCACCCACCUGCCCUUCGCCGGCCGCUGCGAGCCGGGGAACCCGGAGAGCUCCGCUCAGGAAGAUCCCUCGCAGGCAGGAAAGGAAACCCCCUGAAUCCUUGCUCCCCUUAGAAGGGACCCGGGUUCACGCGGAAUCAUAAUAAAACACCCUUAACGUUUUCAAGGGAGGAAAUGUAAGAGAUGCACGACGGGCUUAAAAGAAAACAAAACAAAACAAGCAAAAAAAACCACAGGUGUUUUGUGUACGUUUGGAGUUCCUGUUUUGCUCAUUCCUCACCGCCCACCAACCUCCACACACUAACAUCCCUUUCUUCUCCCACCAGUUGUAAAAGAACCUCAUAGGUAUUCUUUUUUCUUUAAAGAGCUCCCCAUAGUAAGUUUUGCCUUCUUUUAGGCCACGUUCCAUUGUCUUUUAAAAUAUAAAAUAUAGAACCGAAUUCUCGAGGAAGUGAGAAGGGUCUGCUCUGCGAGUGAGCUCGCUGAACCAGGGUAAGGGAAAGGUGGCGGCGGAGCUGACGUGGAACCGCAGGUAGCGGCUGUCUGCCUGCGUCUCAAAGCUGUCCUGCUUGCUUUAGGAAGAUUUCCACAACUAGAAGGAGGACCUUUUAGAAUUCAACUUAGUCUUCACUAUUUUAUAAUGUUCAGCUUUUCAAAAGGCGUAUAUUUUUCAAAGAGGAAGAGGUGAGGAUGCAGUCGCUCACUUUGCAGCCUAUUCUGAAGUGGUUUGAAUGGUGUCUCUUAGUAACUUGCGCUUGUUUAAAGAGAUGCGGAGUUGGGCCAACGUCAGAACUAAGUCAGGGAAGGAGAUGGAUGAGGAAGGCCAGAGUCAUUCUCAGUACAUUUGCUAGCACUUUAUUGAGAAAUUGACCAUGAAUGAAUUAACUCAUCUUAAUUUCAUAUAUAUAUAUGAAAUUGAGUGCAUCUAUUUUCACCCUGUCAUUAUUUAAUCCAUCAUGUUUCUAAGUUUGUAUCAUCUUGGUGUUAAAAAACAAAAAAAAAGAAUGUGCACUGAACUUUAAAGAAAAAAAAAAGAAAAGAAAACAAGUCCGAACUGAUUUAUCCUGUAUUCUGUUAAUUCACAAGAGUGGAGGAGGAAAGCAUUAAACUGGUCCGUUUGGGUUGGAAAUGCUGUAAAGAUGUGGAAUGAAGCCCUGUGAGGCCAUCCUAUCUCCAAGUCUAUGUAUUUUCUGGAGACCAAACCAGAUACCAGAUAAUCACAAAGAAAGCUUUUUUAAUAAGGCUUAAACCAAGACCUUGUCUAGAUAUUUUUAGUUUGUUGCCAAGGUAGCACUGUGAGAAAUCUCACUUGAAUGUUAUGUAAGGGGUGAGACACAACAGUCUGACUAUGAGUGAAGAAAAUAUCUGGGUCUUUUAGUCAGUUUGGUGCAUUUGCUGCUGCUGUUGCUACUGUUUGCCUCAAACGCUGUGUUUAAACAACGUUAAACUCUUAGCCUACAAGGUGGCUCUUAUGUACAUAGUUGUUAAUACAUCCAAUUAAUGAUGUCUGACAUGCUAUUUUUGUAGGGAGAAAAUAUGUGCUAAUGAUAUUUUGAGUUAAAAUAUCUUUGGGGGAGGAUUUGCUGAAAAGUUGCACUUUUGUUACAAUGCUUAUGCUUGGUACAAGCUUAUGCUGUCUUAAAUUAUUAAAAAAAAUAAAUAAACACUGUCUGCAAGAAACCAGCUGGUUUAGAAAAGUUUAGUAUGUGAAGAUAAACUAGAAAUUAUCUUUAUAUUCUAGUAUUUUCAGCACUCCACAAAUUCUAUUACCUAAAAUAAAUAUUGCCACGCUAUUUUGUGAUUUUAAAAUUCUUACUAAGGAAUAAAAACUUUAAUAUACGUA